UUAGUUGUCAUGGUGACUUCUCAAAAUGGCGGUCCUUGAAGGAGCUCAAAUUCAAGAUUUAUUUCGCGAAAAGUUCACUGAAAAAAGAAAGAUUUUGYUAGUCAAAGCUCUGAAUUUCCCAGAKUAUGACGAGGAAGAUGAUCUUAAAAGUGCAAUUAUWUUAGAUGUUUACUACGAGGCGCUAUCUUUUGCUGUCAACCAAGGACUUCCUUGGAAUCAAGUCGCAGUGUUUUUUGAAAUUUUCCAAAAAACUGUGAAGAACAUUGCUGAUAUAGAUCAAACUCUGCUUAAUGCAAUCCAKCAUUUUGGGCAAGAUAUCGAAGGUUGUUCUUAUCUGUACUCGGAGUCUUCGCUGAAAUCCCUCGUGGACUAUGUUUUCAUGACGUUAUUUCAACACUAUAACCUUCAUCGUUAUGUCUUGACGYGUGAACGUGUUGAAGACAGGACAAAAUGURCAAUGGUGAUAGAGCCUCCCCUUGAACUACCUCCUCUGUCUGAUGCUAUCCCUAAAAUAGAAUGGGAUGAGAAACAGAAAUUGAAAGAAAUAGAUGAAAUGGAAGAGAGACAGAAACUGGAGCGUCAUACUCAUUACCAAAAACUUCUAGAGGAGGCCAGCAAGCACCUAGAAAUACCUUUUGAAGAACUAACUGUGAGUGAGCAACAAGUAAACAAGGAUGCAUUGACAAAUAUUGUCAAAGAUGUGGCAUGCGCCCAGGCUAAUGUUACAGAGACUUUACUCCAGGAAACCCUGGAUGAAAUCARAGAUACCUUGGAAUUCCAACAUAUGAGAGCAAAUGUGAUGGCAGAAUACGAAGAAUUUGAUGGUAAAGCUGCACGAAGGAAGUCAAAUGUUUCAAGUGGAAAAGCAAAGAAAAAAUAGUUUAAUGGCAUGCCUGGUGCAUUCUUGGUAACUCUUGGGUGAUUUCCUGUUAGGUUGCCGACUAUGAGAUGCUGUCAUUUUUAAAAAAGCAGAGGAAAACAAAAUAACAAAGCAAAACUUAAGUAUAGCUGCAACAGUURUUCAAGCGCAUAUGUAAUUUAAAGUCACAGAAAGAAUAUGUUCAUUGGAAACAAGGAUAUGAGGGUAGUGACCCAUAAAAAARUGGUUGUUACUAAGCUGAGUCGGCUAAAAAAGAACCUAUGAUAUUUUUGAUAAGUAGAACGAUUUAGCUUGGUUUGACAGUGUCUCAAUGAUGAAAGAUGCAGAGCAGCUUUGAUAUUGUGCAUAGUUUAAAURUUAUUGGUUGUAAAUAUACUUAGUUACUGUGUUCGCACAAGAGUAUGUCAGAAAUGUUUUGGUAUUUUAUUUUAUUAUUUGUCAAAACAUUAAUAUUUAUGUCAUUUUAUGGUUCUUUAUCUAUUACUGGCAUUUCAUUGUUUGAUAUGAUGUCACAGAUGGAAAUAAUAGGGAAUGUUGUAUAAAUAAAUAU